GGCCCCUACGUCAUCAUGCGCAUGCUCAGAACAGUUCCAUUUAGCUGUUGUAUUUCCGGCUUGCUGUUUCCAGCCGAAACCAUGGCAGGAGUGAAAGCGUCUCCGUUUUACGGAGUUAUUGCUGCCCUUAUGAGUUCGGCGGUACUCGCCUUUGUAGAGGAUCUCGACGACACAUUUAAAGAGACAAGAGUGAAUAACAUCUGGCUGGUUGAUUUCUAUGCGCCGUGGUGCGGCUACUGUAAAAAAUUGGAGCCGGUGUGGCACGACGUGGGCGCCGAGCUGAAGCUCUCUGGGUCGCCGGUCCGCGUCGGCAAGAUGGACGCCACUGCUUACUCGGGAAUGUCGUCAGAGUUUGGUGUGCGCGGUUACCCCACGAUAAAACUAUUGAAGGGUGAUCUGGCCUAUAAUUACAAGGGUCCAAGGACAAAAGACGACAUCGUAGAAUUUGCCAAUAGGGUGGCAGGGCCGGCAGUUCGAGCCCUCCCCAGCAAACAGAUGUUUGAGCACAUGAUGAAGCGACACGACGUCCUGUUUGUGUACGUCGGCGGGGAGUCGCCCCUCAAAGAGAAAUACAACGACGUCGCCACCGAGCUCAUCGUCUUAACGUAUUUCUUCUCGGCCUCGGAGGACGUCCUGCCAGAGUCUGUAACCUUGCCGGAGCUGCCUGCGAUUAUCGUGUUCAAAGAUGGCGCCUACUUCACGUAUGACGAGUACGCGGACGGCAGCCUGACCACUUGGGUGAAUAGGGAACGCUUCCAAGGGUACCUGCAGAUCGAUGGCUUCACGCUGUACGAGCUCGGAGAAACAGGCAAACUGGUGGCGAUUGCAAUCAUCGACGAGAAGGACCCCACAGAGGAGAGUGGCAGAUUAAAAGCGUUGAUUCAGAGGGUUGCCAAGGACUACAGAGAGCACUUUAACAGAGACUUCCAGUUUGGCCACAUGGACGGGAAUGACUACAUCAACAGCCUCAUCAUGGGUGAGGUGACGGUGCCCUCCAUUAUCAUCCUCAACACGGCCAAUGAGCAGUACUUCCUGCCGAGCCAGCCGACCGAGACCGUGGAGCAGCUGGUCCAGUUCAUCAGCGGCGUUCUGAACGGUUCUGUGCCGGCGCACGGAGGUGACGGCUUCAUCCAAAGGAUCAAGCGUGUAGUGUUUGACGCCAGAUCCACCAUUAUGUCAGUGUUCCGCAGCUCGCCUGUCUUGGGCUGCUUCCUGUUCGGCCUGCCGCUGGGCGUAAUCAGCCUCAUGUGCUACGGCAUCUGCACGGCCGAGACGGACGACGGCUCGGACGACUUCGACGCAAUCAAGCGGGAGGGUCUGGCCGACGAGGAGGAGGAUGAAGAAGAGGAGGAAGACGAGGAAGAAGAAGAGCGAGAGGAGGAGGAGGAGGAGGAUCGACGGUUGGAGGGCCCUGAGGACGAGUUAGCGGGAGAGAAGGAUCCGGAAGGGAAGAAAAUGGAUUAACACACACAGGGCUGUAUGAUGGAUGGGUGGCUUGAUGGGUGGAUGAAUGGAUGUGACGUGGAACUCCCAUGCAUCAAUGACGCAUCUCGUGUUGCUGAUCUUUGCUUUUCCAUCUCACUCGCCCGCUUCGAAGCUUGUCUUACCACAGACUCUCUGUACCGUAUUUCAGGGUCUUUAUUUAAGAUGGCCUUUUUUUUUUUUUUUUUCCCCCCCACUGUUGUGUGAAAACGGGACCCCAGAUGCAGGCGUGUUGUGCAACCUCGUUAGCUAGUUGUUGUUUAACGCCCGAACCGUUUCUUUCUUUCCCCCGUCCCCGCUUAGCCUCCAGUAGAACACAAGCAGGGUGAACGGUUGCCUUCAUACAAAAAAUGUCCGUCAACCAUCCGAACACUUGAAGUGCCCUAGACGGAAACGCUGCCAUAAAUUGCAAAAUGUACACUUUUAGUUUUGUUUGUCAUUGUUGUUGUAGUUAUAAGUUUCGGGGCGCUACAUGACGUCUGCACAGCGCGAUGCGCUUCAACGGUUCCACGUGUACACGUCAUAUCCUGCGUCACGACAUCUGCUCUUAAAGCGUUGCGUUUCCCAGCUGGAACGGUUACCAUCAGAACUCUGUUAUUUGGCUGAUGCAGCUCAAUCGGCGAGAUGUUUAGAUUCAGACGUGCAUCCUGCAGGUUUACUUCCAUACCCCCGCGGGUCACUUUAGUAACUCAAAUCAAAGGGUUGUGGAACUCCACUAUGGACAGAAGCAUUGGAACAACCCCGAAAUGAUUCUUAUUUAAGUGCGUCCCACUACUUUAGUGUGUAUUUGUGUAAGCUAAAAUAAAAACGGGUGUCCAAUUACACUAUGGACAAAAACAUUGGGAUAACUCCCAAUUGUCACAAGCCUUUUGUCCAUGUAUUUGUUGUUGUUCUUGUUGCGACCUUUGGCUUGUCCAUCAGAAAGUUGACUAAAAUCAAAAGGGGCAUGCGCCUGCACUCUGGGCAAAUGUCUUGGGACUGCUAUAGAAACGUUUCCCCAGACUUUUCUCCAUGUACUGUAUGUGUGUCGACAAUGCUAAGGACAAAAGUAUUGGGACGACCCUUAACUGACUGCUAUAGAAGUAUGUUCCAAAACGUUUGUCGAUGUGUCUGAGUUGGCUAAAAUCAAAGGGAUGUGCGACUACCCUAUGGCCAAAAGGGACAAAUUGACAUAAUAUAUAGAAGUGUGUCCCAACACUUUGUGUCCGUGCAGUGUAUGCACGCUGUGGACAGAUGUAUUGGGACAACCUCUAAAUGAUUAUUGUGUAUAGUGUCCCAGACGUUUGUCCAGGUAGUGUGCUGGUGUAAAACAUACAUCUUAAUGUUUUUUUUUGUUUUUUUUUUCCCUCCUCCAUGCAUGACCAAAGUCUUUCAUUUGGGUUUGUUUUUCCCACUACAAAAAUCAUGCACAGCAUUUGGGGAUACAUGCUUUUUAUAGGACAUUUUGAAGCCUUUUUAAGAGAGAACAUUUAGCUUUUUUUUUUUUUUUUGGGGGGUUUCCAGUGAUGCUCUAAUACUGACUGGGAAAAAAAAAACUCUGCAUUCACAGGUUACGUUUUAAACACUUCCUCUUCGUUUAAGAUGAGCACAAAGAUCAGUUGAAAAAGGUCUUUCCCCCACUGCAACUUUAUCAAAGUUUUCAAUUAUUUCGAAUGUUUGUGCCACGUAAAGGUUCCGUGCACUGGUAGAGGGGGAAAAACAAAAACAAAAAUCUGUGGCCUCGGUUUGCCUUCUGGUCUUUGUAGUUAACUUCACGUUGGACUGAAAUAAAGAGUUCCCAUUCUUCUUGU